AUGUCUGAUCAGAGAUCAUAUCCAAUUCCAUAUCGCAGCCAACUGCAAGAGAAGAUUGAACCUGGACAAACACUGAUUAUUAAGGGAUCAACGAUCGAUGAAAGCCAACGAUUUACGGUGAAUUUACAUUGCAAAGCAGCAGACUUCAGUGGUAAUGAUGUCCCACUUCAUAUCUCAAUUAGAUUUGACGAGGGCAAAAUUGUGAUGAAUAGUUUUGAGAAUGGAGAGUGGGGUAAAGAGGAACGCAAGAAUCUUCCAUUCAAAAAAGGCACACCUUUCGAUAUCCGAAUUCGAGCGCAUGAUGAUCGAUAUCAGAUUUUCUGCGACCAGAAGGAAUUCAAAGAUUUCGAACACCGCCUGCCAUUGUCUUCCGUAUCUCAUCUAUCGAUUGAUGGCGAUUUAUAUCUUAAUCAAGUACACUGGGGUGGAAAAUAUUAUCCUGUGCCGUAUGAAAGUGGUAUUUCGCAAGGUUUGAGUGUCGGCAGAACGCUUAUGGUAUUCUUAUGCCCGGAGAAGAAAGCGAAACGUUUCAACAUUAAUUUGUUAAAAAAGAAUGGUGAUAUUGCAUUACACUUCAAUCCUCGCUUCGAUGAAAAGGCAGUUACGCGUAACGCUCUUCAAGCUGGCAAUUGGGGUAAUGAGGAGAGGGAAGGCAAGAUACCGUUCGAGAAGGGCGUUGGGGCUGAUUUGAAAAUUGUCAAUGAAGAAUAUGGAUUUCAGAUUUACGUGAAUGAUGUACGAUUUUGUUCAUUUGCUCAUCGUUCAGAUCCUCAUGACAUCACCGGUUUGCAAAUUCAUGGUGAUGUCGAACUUACGGGCAUACAAAUUCACUAA